AUGGUCGAGAAAAAUGAAAUUUUACUCGUGCUCGGAUUGUUCUUAAUUCUAUUUUGCAAGCAGUCUUCCUCGGAGUGUAAACAAUUAACGCCUUGCUCGUGCAUGUUCUCGAAUUGGCAAGGAUACAGUUUAAUGCCACUGGUUAACUCAAUGCCUUUAAACGACACAAAAUUGAACAACACAACGAAUUACACUUUUUUCUUCCAUCCUUGCACGAAUAUGCCACUGUCGAACAAUAAAUCGAGCAAUUGUUACACAGGAGAUGGUGUAUCUUUAUGUGCCAUGAAGGACAACAAUAUUUUUUUUUGGGGUAAGGCAGAGGAAACAGAGAUAAGUUUAGAGAUGGACAAUUCAAGACCGCCUGUUUUUACGUUUCAUCGUAACAAUAUCACGAUAAUUAUAGCCCUAUCCUGUUGUAGUUUAUGUGAAACACGUUUGUACGUAGAGGCUAUCAAAUCCGAAUCUGAAUAUCAUCUACUAUUGUCAUCUCUUUACGCUUGUAAAGUGAUGAUGCAUACCAAUAGCCUUUCCGUCGGUUCUACGUUGCUAAUUUACUUCUCUGUCGCGUUUGGGGUUUAUUUCAUCGGUGGUGCGCUGACAUUGAAGUUACUCAGAGGAGCAACAGGUUGGGAAAUGAUGCCUAAUCACGAAUUUUGGCGAAGCCUUCCCUCACUCGUUAAGGUGAGAACAAUUCAUAUUUUCCUAUUGCUUAUCCUCGCCACUGAUUUAAUUUUACUUACUCUCGCAGGAUGGAGUCGUUUUUACAUUCAACUGUUGCCGCCUAGAUAGCUACGAAAGAAUAUAA